CAAUCAACUGUCAGUUUGAAUUGCGCGCCAAGCAUCGUAAGCAUUUCGCGAAGAAGAAGAAAUUCAGCUGUUAGCCGAUAACAUUUGAACGUUGACGUGUGAAUGAAUAUUUUUGUUCUUAUUUAGUUGACCAAGCUAUUGUUUUCGCAGUUUUAACUGGGUGAAGAUCUUUAUUCAAAUUAGACACGUUUUAUUUUGUGUUUUUUAAUUUGAAAUUUAAAAAUGGAGCCACAUUUGAACGCCGAAACACAAGAAAAAUCAAAGAAUGAGCAUGAGUUUCCAGAAGCUCCCGCUAAACAUUCUGCACUAAAUCUGGGCUCAAUUCAGUUACGUACUGUGAUGUUAUUUUUAGUGGCCACAGUUUUCACUGCAGUGGUAGUAGAACUUUUACCUGAUUACACCAAAAUAAUGCAUACAAUCAAGAACAACAGCAUCAGUGUGACUGAACAAGUGCAGCAUCGUCGAACUUAUUCAAUUUACGGUCUAAGUUCCAAAGAAGAUCAUUUGGUGCACGUCGUGAGCGUAUUGAAGAGGUUCGGCUAUGAAAGAGUUGAGAUGGAUGGAAAUAAAUGGGAUUUAUUGUGGGCUCAUGACUAUCCGUAUCGUGUUUAUCCGAAACUAAAAGACCUUGGCGAUCAUCAGUUAGUAAAUCACUUGCCAGGAUGUGGCUAUUUAACAACUAAGGUUGACUUGUGUACUUCCCAGCUGCCCUUUUUACCACGGGCAUUUCGCUUACCUGCACAAGGAGAGGAAUUCUUAGAGUAUGCAGCCACACAUCCAGAUACAUUAUUUGUGCAGAAGCACAAUGCUCACCGACAUAUCAAAGUAAAACCACCUCAAGACAUUGUUCAGAGCUCCAAUGACUCCUUUGUGCAGGAGUUCAUACAGCGGCCAUUUUUAGUCGAUGGCCAUAAAUUUGACAUUGGCGUCUAUGUUGUGAUAACUUCAGUGAAUCCUCUUCGUGCCUACAUUUACACAGGCGAUGUUUUAUUUCGUUACUGCCCUGAAAAGUACUAUCCAUUCGAUGCAGAAAAUGUGGACAAAUAUGUUGUGGGUGACAAUUAUCUACCUACCUGGGAAGUGCCUUCUUUAGCCAAAUAUUAUGCUCUCUAUGGUAGCAGCAUGCGCUCUGCCUUUGAAGCAUAUGUGCGCGAUCAGUCUAUGGAUCCCUCAAAAAUCUGGGUACAAGUCGAAAGCAUUGUACGCAGAACUAUUUUGGCAAAAGAGCAAGAUAUAGUGAACAGUUUAAGCGCAUAUAAAACACGAAAUUUCUUUGAAUUGCUACGUUUUGAUCUGUUUAUUGACGAGGACCUAAAGGUUUAUCUAAUGGAGGCCAACAUGUCGCCAAACCUUUCUUCAGCUCAUUUCAAACCAAAUUCUAUUUUAUACGAGCAAGUGCUCUACAGUGUCUUUAACUUGGUGGGCAUUCGGCCAGUGACUUCAACAAGUGCAAGUGAUACGCCGCUUAACGAAAUGAUAACAACUGACAAGAACUUAGCUACUGGACUCAAUAAUUGUGCGUCUUAUAACUGCAAUACGUCUUGUGAUAGAGAUGAAUGCAAUCUCUGUUUGCCGUGUAUGAGCGGCUCUGAGUAUAAAUGGCUUGAAAAGGCUCAUGAUGAGCACUUACAUCGCGUUGAUAUGAAGCGAAUUUUCCCCAAGCCAAUCCACGAUUUUCAAUCGUUCAAUAUUGAUAACGAAGUUACGAAUAUGACUAAACAAAAUGCUUGGAUAAGCCGCUGGUUUUAUAAUAAAUGCGAAUACGAUCGUACCUGGUGCAUGUGAUUGCAUUAAAGACAUGUAGAUACAUAAGUCUGGAGACAAUAGCUCAAUUGAAAACCACGUUUAUUUUAUAUACAUACAUAUAAAUAUAUGUAGUAUAAUUUGUUUAGUUAUUAGCUGUAAUAACGAUUGUUAUUGAUUGUAUAUUAAUAAUUGAUCGUAACUAUUAGCUUUUCUUUGGUUCGUACCUAAAUUUAAUACAGUUGUACCUUGCAUGAGAUCCUCCUAGGGUCUGUAGGAAUUACAACAAUUUAAACACAGAGGCCUUAGCGUUAAAUCUUAAGCGUUGACUUACUUAACUAAUAAUAAGUGAUUCGCAAUAAAUGUCAGGUCUGUUUUG